AUGAAUUGAAUUGGUUACUGGGAGACCGACUCAAGGACUUUUAAAUACUAGACUACGAGUGGUGGAGUGAGGAAAGGCGAGGGCUCUGUUUCUCUCUACGCUGCUAUUCUAUUCGAUUUUUGCUUUUGGCAAUUUUGUUAGUUUCCAGUUAGUACUGUACCUUGCAAUGGCAGAUGCUCAUGAAACGGAUAAAAACAUUGAGAUCUGGAAGAUCAAGAAGUUGAUCAAGGCAUUGGAAGCUGCUAGAGGCAAUGGCACUAGCAUGAUAUCUCUUGUCAUGCCUCCCCGUGAUCAAAUAUCAAGAGUUACUAAGAUGCUUGGGGAUGAGUUUGGAACUGCUUCAAACAUUAAAAGCAGGGUCAAUCGUCAAUCUGUUUUAGGUGCAAUCACAUCUGCACAGCAGAGACUGAAGCUGUACAACAAGGUUCCUCCUAAUGGACUUGUGCUGUAUACAGGUACCAUUGUGACUGAAGAUGGAAAGGAUAAGAAGGUGACAAUUGAUUUUGAGCCUUUUAGGCCUAUUAAUGCAUCUCUUUACCUAUGUGACAACAAGUUCCAUACAGAAGAUAUGAAUGAACUGUUAGAAUCCGAUGACAAGUUUGGUUUUAUUGUCAUGGAUGGAAAUGGUACCCUUUUUGGCACAUUAAGUGGCAACACCCGAGAGGUGCUUCAUAAAUUUACUGUUGACCUUCCAAAAAAACAUGGAAGAGGUGGGCAAUCAGCACUUCGAUUUGCUCGUCUUAGAAUGGAGAAGCGUCACAACUAUGUGAGGAAGACAGCAGAGCUAGCCACACAGUUUUUUAUAAAUCCUGCCACCAGCCAGCCCAAUGUUGCAGGAUUGAUACUUGCUGGUUCUGCUGAUUUCAAAACUGAGCUGAGUCAGUCUGACAUGUUUGAUCCCCGUCUUCAGGCCAAACUACUGAAUGUAGUGGAUGUUUCUUAUGGAGGAGAAAAUGGUUUCAAUCAGGCAAUAGAGUUAUCAUCUGAGAUCCUAUCCAAUGUGAAGUUCAUUCAGGAGAAGCGCUUGAUAGGCAAAUAUUUUGAGGAGAUCAGCCGGGAUACUGGGAAGUAUGUCUUUGGUGUUGAUGACACACUGAAAGCCUUGGAGAUGGGUGCUGUUGAGAUUCUGAUUAUGUGGGAAAAUCUUGAUAUUAAUAGGUACGUGUUGAACAACAGCAAUACAACUGAGAUUGUCAUAAAACACUUGAACAAGGAGCAAGCGACUGAUCAGAGCAACUUCAGGGAUUCAGCCACCUCGGCUGAAUUGGAGGUUCAAGAAAAAAUGUCACUGUUAGAGUGGUUUGCCAAUGAGUACAAGCGCUUUGGUUGUGCACUUGAGUUCGUCACCAACAAAUCACAAGAGGGAUCCCAGUUCUGCAGAGGAUUUGGUGGGAUAGGUGGAAUCCUUCGUUACCAGCUGGAUAUGAGAUUAUUUGAUGAGGUUUCUGAUGAUGGAGAAAAUUAUGAGGAUUCAGAUUAGCAAUCAAUCAUUUUUUCCCCAGUGCUGGCGCAGGGGGAUGGGGUAAAAUGCCUGCACUGGUGUGUGAGAUCUCAGGCUUCUUGCAGCUGCUCCUAUGGUGAUGCCCGAAAAGUUUCAUGGAGGUUUAAUCAAGGUCCUAAUCUUUGAACUUUUCCUCUAUAAAUCUAAUAAUAUAUGGAAUAGAACUAUAACUAUUCAGGGAGAAAGAAUUUUCCUUUAACUAUGACUAAUCAGGUCUCCAACUCAGGCAUGUUGAAGUCAGUGCAAACCAAGGCCCCCAACCAUUAUCCAUUAUAUAAUAUAUGAUUAUAAUUUUCAAAUACUUUCUAUAACAAAAUCUUCCUUAAAAACUGAGUUUAGGGCUUUUUUAGGUUGUUCAUGAUGAUGAUGGUUUUACUCUUUCUGUUUGGUUUAAACUUCAAGUGGUGAAAAGACUUGUUUGAGUUUGCUAUUUGGUUUGAUUUGUGAGUUUCUCCUUUUUAUUUAAUUUGUCCCCAAAGGUUUAUACGCCCUCUCUUACCCUUCCUGCCAUCACAUCAAGAUAAGCCCAACUCAGGACACAGUGUUUUGGUUGGGCGCCUGAUCCUUACCUGCACCAGUGGUUCACUCAUAUUUCAAUUGCAUCUCUCUCUAUUGCCCUUUUGAAAUUAAGGGAGGUUGCCAUAUUUAUUUAAAGCUUGAACAAGUUUAAUUGGUGAUAAUAUGUGGGUUUUAUGAUGCAGCAUUGAGGAUUGUCUUGCUGGAAGGACACAGGACAUAUCAAUUACUUCUAACCCUUUUGCUUGGAGGAGAUUGUUUUGAAGCUUGCUUUCAUUUUAAAUCAGCGUGGUUGUUGAUUGGACCAAGAGACGCAGAUACAUGCAUCAAUAUUUGGGGAAACAAUGAAUGGUGGUAAAAGGUUUAUACUAUAGUUGUUCCGUUGCAGGAGUUCCUGGUAAACAAUGUCAUACAUAUUAGUUCCGAAACUUAUGAAUGUGGCUUGAUACAGCGAAUUCAAUGCGUUUCUGAACCACUAAGAAUGAAAUAAGAAGACCCUUCUUCUGCAGAAUGAUCAGCAGAUGGAUCGACUGAUUUUGGAUUGUCUUUGUUGUAGUUCUCUGAACUAUUCCCAAGAUUUGGGAUGUUCUUUGUUGGGGUUCUCUGAACUAUUCCCAGAGGAAGGAAGUAUCUUAAUAAAAUGGUUUGUUGGUAUA